GCCAACUCGUCACCAACCCGCCAAAAUUGCUUCCGUGUCCACCUUGAAGCCAGAAUUGCUUCCUCCGUCAUCUUUCGAAACCUCUUCCUGCCUUUUAUCUGCACGCCUCCAAGCAGGCUCGAUAGACCAUCAUGGCCAUUCAGUAUGCUUCUCCGUGGCAUAACAACUUUUCCCGCCUGCUGACCGAGGGCUAACUGCAGAUAUCUCAUUCUCCUAUCCCGUCAGGGCAAAGUGCGUCUCGCCAAAUGGUUCACAACACUAUCCCCCAAGGACAAGGCCAAGAUCGUCAAGGAUGUAUCUCAGCUUGUGCUCGCUCGAAGAACGCGCAUGUGCAACUUUCUAGAAUAUAAGGAUACAAAGAUUGUCUAUCGUCGAUAUGCAUCACUCUUCUUCAUCGCCGGAUGCUCUUCCGAAGAUAACGAGCUGAUCACCCUCGAAAUUAUCCACCGAUACGUCGAACAGAUGGACAAGUACUACGGCAACGUUUGCGAGCUCGACAUCAUCUUCUCUUUCACCAAGGCGUACUAUAUUCUCGACGAAAUCCUCCUCGCUGGCGAGCUGCAGGAAACGAGCAAAAAGAAUGUUCUUCGCUGCAUCGGCCAGCAGGACUCCCUUGAAGAUAUGGAGGUAAGUCAUGACCAGCUUGAUAAACUAUGAGUUUUGUGAUAGCCCAGCAACCUACACCCACCCGCCAAAUCGUCGCAAGACAGCUGACGCCAAGCCUCCAACAAGGUCGAGGACGAAGUUACAAAGAUCAUGUAAACCUCCUUGACAGCCUUUUAAUUGCUACCCAACAUCAAUUCGACACCGCUCCCGAAGCGUCGGAUUGAGGCGAUCGACCAAUACCUACCAAGCGUUUUCAUACGAGUUGCAGUAUAUUCACUGGCCGAGAAUUAACUUUGGUUCAAUAGGCCGACGAACAAGUAUUGGCGUCGCUCAAGGAGUCAGGAAUUCUGUAGUGGGAAAGUCUCAGGCGGCUGAGCAUCUCUUCGAUGGGAAGAGAGGACACGCAUGUUUACAUCGUGGGAAUAGGCGCAGAUGGUGUUUUGGGAGUCUCCGACCGUGUUGGUCUUGUUUGUAGAUCUUUGACGGUGGUAAACCACCUUCUUUCGUAUCAAGAGAUGAGGCCUGUGGGCGAUGGUGUUGCGACAGCUAUGACGGGCAGCGCAGAGAGAUUGUCUCCGGUCUUCGACCCGUCAUCGGUCAAACGUCGACGCAACAUUGAGAGGAGAGCGAGCCUUGAACAACAGCAAUGAUCGUCAUCAGAGGCUGUGUCCCACUGAAAAUGGUCAGCCUGGCACGUUGGGUCACCUCCUGUGCUUCUCGAAGCCAAAAUCAACGGCACUGCUCAGUCGCAACACCUCGACCCGCAACUGGAAUCAAGAGAAAACGAUUGACCUCAUAUGCUUGCUUCUAUUUCUUAUUUCCUGUUCCUCCAAUUUCCAAC